AUGAUCCCAUUCCAGACUGAUGUCACUGAUCGUGACUCGCUGCGCUCGCUAGCAGCAGAGGUUAAGUCUCGCCACGGACAUGUCAACCUGCUCGUCAAUAAUGCGGGCGUGAUGUUGGGGCACCAGCCUCAGCUCCCCAAGCCUGCGGACACGAGCAUUGCUGCGUACCAGGAGCUCUUAUGGAACACGGAGGACUUCGAUUCAUUCGGGACCAGUUUCCGCGUGAACGUCUCCGGCGUGUGGUUCUGUACCGUGGCGUUCCUCGAGCUUCUGCAUGCGGGGAACAAGUCGGAGUGGGCGCGCACGAACGGCGUGACAAGCCAGGUGCUGACCAUCUCAAGUCUGGCCUCCCUCCGUAGGGACUCAGGAGUGUUCAGCUUGUCGUACUCGCUCAGCAAGGCAGCAACAACGCAUUUGAGUAAGGUGGUGGCGCAUUAUCUGAAAGACUGGAAGAUCCUGGUCUCGUGCCCAGACGUGUCGAGCGGGCACGAGACCAAUCAUCUGUACUCGACAAUAUAUCGCAAGAAUUCAGAGUGA